AUGACAUCAGCACAUACAGGUCGCACAACUUCGGAAUCUGCUAUCAACGAUUAUGAAAAAUUGCUUGAAACUGGAGAAAGAUCUGAUGUUAUUAUAUAUGCUGGAGAGAAUGAAGAAUUUCGUGCUCAUUUGUCUAUCUUAUGCGUUAGGUCCGAAUACUUUCGCGCAAAAACUGGGCUGAGAAAAAAGACGGAAUGCUUAUCUUUAAAAAACUAA